AUGGUGACAAAGUUUUACCAGCACGCCCUGGCCUUGGUGUUUGCAGUCAAUGAGAUCAAUGAGAAUCCCAAGAUUUUGCCCAAUGCAACUCUUGGCUUCCACAUCUAUGACAGCUACAAUGAUGCGAGGAUGACUUAUCAUACCAGUCUGGGCUUGCUCUUCAAAUCACUUAGAUUUGUUCCAAAUUACAAAUGCAACCCCCAGAAAAAUGUAAUAGCUGUCAUUGCUGGACUUGAUUCUGAGGUCUCCUUCCAUGUGGCGGACAUCUUAAGGGCCUACAAGAUCCCUCAGCUCCACCAUUUUCUUCAAGGUACUUCUUUUAAUAACUCAGCUGGACAGACACUGUCCUUUAAUGAACACAUGGAAAUGAGAACUGGAUUUGAUAUAAAUAACAUGGUGACAUUUCCAAACAAGUCCUACAAUAGGGUCAAGGUUGGAAGCAUGGAUCCCAAUGCAGUUGAUGGAAAAGGAUUCAUCAUUCAUGAGGAUAUGAUUGUAUGGCACAGAACUUUUAACCAGGUGCUGCCCCUCUCUGUUUGCAAUGACUACUGCCUGCCUGGUUAUCACAAGAAGAAGAAAGAAGGGGUGAAAUUUUGCUGCUAUGAUUGUGCUCUGUGUCCAAAAGGGAAGAUUUCAGACCAGAAGGACAUGGAAGACUGCAUCAUGUGCUCAGAAGAUCAAUAUCCAAACAAAGCCCAAGUUCAGUGUAUUCCCAAGACAAUAAGCUUUCUGUCUUAUGGAGAACCACUGGGGAUCAGUUUAGCCUCUGUGGCAGUUUCUUGUACUGUAAUCACAGUUGUGGUUCAGGGAACUUUCAUCAAGCACAAGGACACUCCCAUAGUCAAAGCCAACAACCGGGAUAUCACCUACACCCUACUCAUCUCCCUUCUCCUCUGCUUCCUCUGUUCUUUGCUGUUUAUUGGACAACCUGGGAAGGUGACCUGCUUGCUCCAACAAUCUGCUUUUGGGAUUGUCUUCUCACUGGCUGUUUCUUGUGUAUUGGCCAAAACUGUCAUUGUGGUUGUAGCUUUCAUGGCCACCCAACCUGGAUCCAGGAUGAGGAAGUGGAUAGGAAAACGAGUGGCCAACACCAUCAUCCUUUCCUGUUCUCUUAUACAGACAAACAUUUGUACUUCAUGGCUAGGAACCUCUCCCCCAUUUCCAGAUUUGGACCCACAUUCAUUUACUGAAGAGAUUGUAGCUGGAUGUAAUGUAGGCUCGGUUUUCAUGUUUUAUAGUGUGUUAGGUUACAUGGGUCUUCUGUCCCUCAGUACCUUGACUGUGGCUUUCCUGGCCAGGAAGUUGCCAGAUAGUUUUAAUGAAGCCAAGUUUAUCACCUUCAGUAUGUUGAUCUUUUGUAGUGUUUGGGUGUCUUUUAUUCCAACCUAUCUGAGCACCAAAGGGAAAUACAUGGUGGCUGUGGAGAUCUUUUCUAUCUUGGCCUCCAGUAUGGGGUUACUGGUUUGUAUCUUUUCCCCUAAAUGUUACAUUAUUGUCUUAAGACCUGAACUGAACAACAGGGAACUGCUCAUAAUUAGAAAGAAUUAA